UUAAAAGGAUCUUCGGAUAAAUUUAUUGCUGUUGUAAAAAUGCCUAUGGAUAUCCGGAAAGCUCAAGGUUUGCAUGUGGUUAUCGGCAGUGCAAUGAUUAUCAGCUACUGUGUAUAUAUGGACCCUUUCUUGAUAUUCAGCAAUCAUGUCAAUAAUGCAGCUGGUGUGGUACACAUGGUUGUAAAGAACACAAAUACUACACAUACAAUUCUGUGGUGGAAUCUGCCAGAAUGGCUUGUACGUUUUCCGAAAAAAUGUGGUAACUGCUAUGUCACAACGCACAAAAGUGUUUUUGAUAAAAGCUCUGCUGUGGUGUUUUCCUUAGCGAAUAGUAACAUUGGCACACAUCCACCAGUGGAAAAAAUAAAUAGAAACCUAAAUCAAAUUUGGAUAGCUUUUUCAUUAGAAACGAAUGUUGCAAACUCGUGGAACAGAGAGUAUCGAAACAAACAUUGGUCUUAUGUGUUUAAUUGGACAUGGAAUUAUAGACCUUCUGCAGACAUAUAUAUGCAACCUGGUAGAGUAUCAGAAAGAUUAAAGCCGCUGUCAAAAAACUAUUCUUUGAUUUUUCAACGUAAAAAGAGAUUUGCAGCUUGGGCCGUCAGUCAUUGUAAUGCACAUAGUUUAAGAGACAAAUUUGUGAAAAACAUGCGCUUGUAUUUGAAAAAUAAAAGUAUUGACAUAUUCGGAAAAUGUGGUCCUUUGAAGGCUUCGAAGAGUGAAAUGCCUGAUUUACUAAACAAUGAUUACAAAUUUUAUUUAGCCUUCGAAAAUGCAUUUUGCGAUGAUUAUGUAACAGAAAAGGUGUUUGCUAACUAUAACAAUGACAUUAUUAAUGUGGUUCGUGGUAAAGCCAAUUAUACUAAAAUAUUUCCUGAAGGCUCGUUUAUCAACACUAAUGACUACAGAAAUAUAUACGAUUUAAUUCGCCAUAUGAUUGAAGUGUCAGAAAAUGAAACCUUGUAUUCAAGUUAUUUAAUACAAAAGGACAGGGUUCAAGUUUGGUAUAAUCGCGAAGAGGAAUAUAGGCUGUCGAUAUGUGAUAUUUGCCGGAAAUUGAAUGACCCUUAUCUUGCAAAAAAAUAUAUUGCUGACACGGAAAAGGAGCUUGGACAGUGCAUGAAACCAAGUGACAUAUAGUGCAUGAACGUAAUGGCAGCGCAUGGUACAAUUAGUUUGAACACCUACGAUAUUUAAAAAACAUUUCCAUAACUAAAAAUGACCGACUUCCAAGUGAAGAUGGAAACAAGUUAAUGAUCAUUAUGUGGUAUUAUGGAUAAAUUAGUGUUGAAUAUCACCUUUAAAGAUUAAUGAAAAGAACAUAAUAGCAUUUUGAAUAUGCUUCAGCAUUCAAAUUUGCAAUUUUUGCUUCAAAAACCUUAAUUAUAAGGGAGUUUACUCUUGUACCUCGAAUACUUUUCAUUCCUGUUCGGUAAUUCUUCGCUUGAUUACCUGUAUUUGUCGCUCAUAUUCAUUAUUAGAAUUUUAGUCGCCGGAACGGUCGUCUCAUAUUUUUACAUUGCGGAUUCGGGAGCUCGGCCCAAAACUUCGCGUUCGAAGAGGCCAUCGUCGCUGGACGAACUAAUCUCGGAGUUGGAAAGUGAGGAGGAUGUUUUAAAAAGGUACUUGGAAUUGUUUAGCCCCAGACAGAAGCCUAUUUCGAAGGACAUUGAAGCUCUGGGGGAAGAAAGGGCUACCCUCCAACGUUUGGUUGAGGAGCGCCGUAAAUCUUCUGAGGCCCGGCGAUUAAGGCAUGCCAUUGAAGAACUAAAAGGUCAACUUUCAGCGUUGAAGGUUACAGAUUCGCAUGACCUUAAGUCCCCAUCCCGACCCAUGUUUGGACAUUUUUGGUUGCAGAGAAUAUUCAGCUGCUGCGUGCUCAACCGCAAGGUGGAUUCAAAAUUGCCGCUUGAAGUAUUGAACAGUGUUGAAAGUAAUGUCAAACCAAAGAAAAUUAAAUCAGAAAAAUCUUCGAAAUGUUCUGAUAUACAAGUUAAACGACCCACGUCCGAGAUAAAGUAUAAUGACUUAUCCAUGACUCAAUUUAUUGCGGAGUUUUGUUCAAUUUAAAUCCAUUUAUUUCAUGAAGGUUCGAGGAUUUCGUUAGAUGAAAUGGACCGUAGGAUUACAAAAUCACGAUCUAUGAUGUGCUUUGCACAUGUGUAUCAAUGGAAGAGUAUUUUUAACAUUCAUCAAGACAUAUUGCUGGAUAUUGAAACAGGCAAUCGUACAUGGCAGGAUAGUUUUGCAGAUAUUGAAAGCCUGAAUCUGUUGCUUGACCGGUGACCUGCUGCUCCCGCGACGCGCUCUUCCGGUCAGUCUGGUACGUCGCUUGGAUCGUCAGAAAAGCGAUCGUGGUUCUGCUCCUUGUAUCAGAAGGUUGAGUGCAAGAAAUCUUCACCUCACGCAGCUCGUAUUGGGUCGGAUAAAACAUGUUUGUGCUAUUAGCUACAUGAAGGACCGUGAGCUGCGGGAACACCCGGAAUGUUCCAGUUCCUGUCCGCACAAGCAGGACUGACUAGAUAACUGGUGUCUUACGUCUUAGUUUUCCAGUGCAUUUUCGUCUACUUCGUUUAUAAAUAAGUUGCUAGCGUCUGAUGAUUACCAUUCCGAGGUCUCAAGAUCGUCGCCGGACCCCGAGUCGAACUUUUAUCAACGCUCUAAGAAGUCGGCUGUAGUAAAUAACAUUGAAAACUCAGCAGUUGAAAACAGUGUAUCCAAGACUUUUGACGGCUCUGAUUCCGAUGAUCGUUGUCCUGAAUCGGAGGCAUCUACGUUGUGUGACGUCACGCCGUACACAUGUGACGCUAAGGCAUUAAAGAUUUUGCAGAUAUAUGACAUUGUGUACAAAUCAUGUAUGCCAAAUUUUAAAGGUGCAAGGGUUUCUAUAAAAACUGGUUGGAAUAUUUCUUAUUUUAUUUGAGUAUGAAGACUAUGAAAUAUGUGAUUUGCUGGAAUAUGGAUUCCCUACCGGCUAUUGCAAAACUGACCUACCGGUUUCUGACCCAAUCAAUCAUAAGGGUGCUUUUCGUUUUUCUGAUCACACCGAUAAACAUAUUGUUACGGAAAUGCUGCAGUGGGAUAUACUAGGACCGUUUAAGGAGAAUCCAUUGUGCUGUUUCCUGUGCUUUUCUCUUUUAAACAAUGUAGAGAAAGAUGAACUUUCUAGAAGAGUUAUUGUAGACUUAAGCUGGCCAGAAUUGACAUCUGUCAAUAGUGGAUUUUUUAAGGACUUUUAUCUCGGUGAAGAGGUUACGUUAACGUACCCGACUGUGGAUUCGUUAGGAAACAUUUUGCUAGAUUGAGGACGCGGUGCUCUUAUGUUCAAGCCAGAAUUAUCACUUGUAUAUAGGCAAAUAUUUGUUGACCCUGGAUAUAUUCAUUUUCUAGCAGUUCAUUGCCGUGAUAAGAUAUAUAUAUAUAGUGACUGUGCGUUACCUUUUGGGUUGGGUUAUGCAGUGUAUAUUUGCCAACGUGUUACCAACAUGAUACGUUACAUGUUGCCGUUACAGCAAAUCACUACUUAAGUCGUCGGUAAAUGUGUUAAGCAAGUCGUGUGUUUAUUUCACGUAUACUAAUGCUUUAAGGCGGUCUAAACUUGAAAAAUCAUAAAGUGCGAUUAAGUUCGGAAUUUAGAAAGGAUAUGGUGUGGUGGAUCAAUUUCAUGGAAAUAUACAAUGGUGUUUCUAUGAUUAAAACCGAAGAUUGACCCUGAUGUCGUGUUUGCUAGUGAUGCGUGUUUGUCAGGAUGUGAUGCCUUUUAUGAGAGCGGAGAGUAUUUUCAUAGCAUGUUCCCUGAAUUCGUGUUGAAGAUGAGCUCUAACAUAGCCCAGUUCGAAAUUGUCUGCAUAAUUGUUGUUUUAAAAUUGUGGUCGAAUAAACAGAUAGGUAGAAAGAUUUCUAUCUUUUGUGAUAAUGAAGCAGUGUGUUGUGUGUUGAAUUCUGGUAUAACCAAGGAUUCAGUGUUACUUCAAUGAUUGAGAGAGGUGGCUUUUCUCGCGAGUACUCGCGAGUUCGAGAUUCGCGCCAUCCACCUGACUUACGCGGACAUCAGACUCGCGGAUCUAUUAAGCCGUUUGCACAUUGAUGCACACUAUAAGACUAAGUUCCUUAAAGAAACUUCUACAUCGAAUACACAAGAUUUUAACGUGGGUGAAUCUUUGUUCACGUUUGAGAAUAGAUGGUGAUGUGCUUAUCGCAUCUUUAGACACAAUUCACUUGUACAGGUGUUUGAGGCAACUGUUGAUUUUAGUUUGUUUACAUUAUCAUUAUUGCUUAUUUCUUUUUAAUCUUAUAUUUGUCAAAGAUAGCUUCAUUUCAUUUGAUAUGACUUAAUUUAUUUCUCGUUUCUAGUUUUAUGCAUUUGAUUAGUUAAUUUUAUUUGUUUGUUUUAUUUUGUUCCGUGUGAAUCCCACAAGGUUUCUUUAAUAGUAGUUUUUUGUUGUUUUUUCAUUUUCAGAUGUUGCUAACAAAGAUACCAGUCACCUUGCUUGUCUCCGUCGUCAGUUAAAAGUUACACAGAAAUCAGCUUUUGCUAUUUGACUAACAAAACUUUCAAGACGCAAGUUCGUUCCUUUUUAUUGUUGUGUGAAUAAUACAACCAAAAUGACUGUCCUGUAGAAUAUAGAAACAUUGUAUUUGUACAAUUUAUCAAGAAUUAUAUCAAUGGUGUACGAUUAUAUCACAUUUUCAGGGGACUUGUAUUUCCUGACAUUUCUAAUAUUUCUUGACAGAUGACUUUUAGAGGUCUAGCUCAGCUUUUGUUUCAUUCUCCGCACCUCCGAUUACGCCUGGUAAAUUGCUAAAACGCAGAGACGCUAUUGAUAUAGAAAUUCCUUUUUACGCCACAGUUUGGUGUGUUCUUUUAUUUGCUUUGCAUACGAUGUGUAGAAAAUCGAGAAUUGUGCCUCUUACGAAUUUUUUUUUUGAUGUUGCUAAGUAUUUAUGUCGCAUUGAUGUGACCUUGUCCGAUUUUGAUAUUUUUGUUAACCUUAAAUACGCUUAGACAAAUCAAUUUGCAGACAAGAAUGUUGUUUUACUGAUGAAUAAGAAUGACAAAUUUCCGGUUGCAGCAUAUAGUGAUAUAUGUAAUCUAAAUCCAGCAAACUCAUUAGAUCCUCUGUUUUUUUCUCGAAGAGUCUCCUUGUUUAGUUCCGCUUGAUGCAAGUAAGCUUGACAGAACUUUUAAACGCAUCGUGAAACUCUCUUCUGUAUAUGGAUCCUCUGAGUAUACUUUACAUUCUUUGAGAAGAGGAGGUGCUUCUUUUUACUUAUAGUGUGGAGUUCCUUGUGAGCUUUUUCAAUUAUUUGGCAACUGAAAGUCGGACUGUUAUUUACGUUAUUUACGUUUUUCUGACGAAUCUUUGAUUCAAGCCGCUAGACAUAUUGCUCUGUCAAUUUAAUUUUUGGACGAUGUUUUGUUUUGGGUGAUUUGGCUGCUGCCUUUUUUCGCAAAUAAAAUAUGUUUUCAUAUCAUGUGUUUUAAAUAUUCCCGACAUAAUCUGCAGUUUUUGCUUCAAAACUUUUAAUUAUGAGGGAGUAAACUCUUGUACCUCGAAUACUUUUCACUCCAUUUUGGUAAUUCUACGCUUGAUGACCGGUAUUUGGCGCUCACAUUCAUUGUUAGAAUUUAAGUCGCGGGAACGCUCGUCUAAUAUUUUACCCUUCCUCCCGCCCUUCAUGUACUGUAUUAAUAUGGUAAUUUAUAUAAUUUAUUUGUAAUAACAUGUACUGUUUUAUUCAUAUUUCCCCGAUUUAAGGGUGAUUUGGCUGCUAUUGUUCUAUAUGUGUGUAACAAUUAUGCAGCCUUUUUUCGGCCAAAAUAAAACAUGUUUUCA